GCUCCCCGGGCGGAGGGGGUGGGGAGAAGCCGCAGCUGCAACUUCGCUGGAGCCCUUGAGCCUGGGCGCAGCCGGGGACCUGGCAACGGAUUGAGCCGCAGCCACCACGGAGCCACCGCUUCUCCGGCCCGGCCUCAGUCCCGCCGGCCCGGCCAUGGCAGUCGCCCCCGCCAUCGCGGCGAAUCAGGCUCCUGCGCUCCCCUCCUGUCUCUGAACAACCGUUAACCCGCCCGCCAGCCGUCCCCGGUGCCGCCGCGGCCCAGGCUCGGCACAAGUUUCCGUCGCCCAAGAAGCCUGACGAGAACGAGAGGGAGGAUGGACGUGGGGAGUCGAGCGCCCCCGGCCCUCUCGCCUGCCUUGUGGGGGCGCUUCCUGGCCCCGGAGGCCGGCGGUCGCGACAGCCCCGGCGGAGCCCGCAGCCUCCCGGCGGGCCCAGAUUAUUCUUCUUCGGGAUGGUUACCUGGUAAUGAAUCAUUGUGGCAGGCCACAACUGUUUCAUCCAACCAUCGAAAUAACCCUAACCGGAGACAUAGUAUAGCAUCUGACAGUGGAGACACUGGCAUUGGAACUUCUUGUUCUGACAGCGUGGAAGAUCAUUCAACUUCAAGUGGCACAUUAUCAUUUCAGCCUAGUCGAUCGUUGAUUACGCUUCCUACUGCCCAUGUGAUGCCGUCUAACUCCAGCUCUUCAAUUUCCAAACAUAGGGUAUCAUCGACACCAGACGGCUCAAAAUGGAGCACAGGCUUUAUGCAAACAAUGGGAAACAGCAGUAGAAGGGAGCAGGACUCUUCAUUAGACAUGAAGGCCUUCCGUCCCCUUCGGAAAUGUUCAUCUUUAUCCAAACUCACUGUCCAGGAUAUCUGCAGCCAGGGUGGCAUUGUACAUGCAGAAGAGUCUAGGAAUGGUUUGGAAAAGAUAGGGAGGGGAAAGCCUUUAGCAUCACAACUAAGGACAAUUGGGCCUAGCUGCUUACACGAUAGUAUGGAGAUGCUUAAGUUAGAAGAAAAGGAAAUAAAUAAAAAACGAUCUUCAACUCUGGAAUGCAAAUACAAGUUUGAGAGCUGUAGCAAAGAGGACUUGAGAGCCUCUCCUUCCACACUUAGGAGACAGGCCCUAGACAUGACAUACAGUGCCUUACCCGAAAGCAAACCCAUUGGGACAAGUUCAGAGGCUUUUGAACCUCCAAAAUAUUUAUUACUUGGUCAGCAGGCGGUAAAUGGGGUUCCCAUUCAACCUUCUGUGAGGACUCAGAUGUGGCUUACAGAGCAGCUGCGGACAAAUCCUUUGGAAUGUAGAACUACAGAGGAUUCUUACAGUUUGGCUCCUUGGCAACAGCAGCAAACUGAUGAGUUUCCCCAAGGAGGUGAAACACCGGUGCAGGUUUUGACUGGAUCAUCUCGUCAAAGUUUUUCACCUUCUGGCUAUCAGGAUUUCAGUAAGUGGGAAUCAAUGCUGCAAAUAAAAGAAGGACUACUAAGGCAGAAAGAAAUUGUUAUUGAUCGGCAGAAGCAACAAAUCACCCACCUACAUGAGAGGAUAAGGGAUAAUGAAUUACGAGCACAACAUGCCAUGUUAGGACAUUAUGUAAAUUGUGAUGAUUCUUAUAUGACUAGUUUGCAGCCACAGUAUGAGAACACUUCACUCCAGGCUCCAUUUUCUGAUCAAUCCAUGUCCCAUUCCCAGCAAGAAGAGCUUGAGCAAAAACUCGCUUCUGCUGAGAAAGAGGUUUUACAGCUCAAUGAGUUUCUCAGACAAAGAAUAAGCCAAUCUAGUGAAGAGAAGAAGAAACUGGAGGAAAAGCUUAAAACCAGAGAUAGGUACAUCAGUAGCUUGAAAAAGAAAUGUCAGAAGGAAUCGGAACAAAAUAAAGAAAAGCAGAGAAGAAUUGAGACCUUGGAAAAGUAUCUGGCUGAUCUCCCAACUCUAGAUGAUGUUAAGAGUCAGAGUCUACAGCUGCAAGUUCUAGAAGAAAAAAAUAAGAAUUUGCAAGAGACUUUGAUAGAUAUGGAGAAAAAGUUUGAAGAGCUCAAAAAACAAUGUCAGGAGAAGGAGACUCAGCUAAUAUGCCAGAAGAAGAAAGAAAAGGAGUUGGUAACUACAGUGCAAAGUUUGCAGCAAAAAGUAGAAAGAUGCCUUGAAGAUGGGAUCCGCCUCCCCAUGUUAGAUACAAAACAGCUUCAGAAUGAAAAUGAUAACCUCAGAGAACAAAAUGAAAAUGCUAGUAAGGUAAUAGAGAGCCAGCAAGAUGAGAUUGACAGAAUGAUUGCAGAAAUUCAGUCUAUGCAAGGGAAACUUUCUAAAGAGAAGUUAACUACUCAAAAGAUGAUGGAAGAGGUGGAAAAUAAAGAAAGAAACAUACACAGAUUGACAGAAGCAUUGCUUGAAAACCAAAGACAAACAGAAGAGACAAGCUCUUUGUUGGAUCAAGGCCAGGAAGCAGACCAAUCCAGGCAGCAGAUGGUUCUUUCCAAAAGGCCACUAUUUGAUUUGACUGUGAUUGAUAAGCUGUUCAAGGAAAUGUCCUAUUGUUUGUUUGACUUGAAAGCAUUGUGUAGUAUUCUUAAUCAGCGAGCUCAGGGCAAGGAGCCCAAUCUUUCAUUAUUACUGGGAAUUAGAUCAAUGAACUGUUCCGCUGAAGAGACUGAGAAUGACCACAGCCCAGAAACACUCACUAAAAAACUGUCAGAUGUGUGCCAGUUACGGAGGGACAUUGAUGAAUUAAGGACUACAAUAUCAGACCGCUAUGCUCAGGACAUGGGAGACAACUGCAUUACCCAGUGAUCACAUGUUGGUUCCGCAGCAAUAAUGACCCAUUGCGAAAUGCUGCUGUAUUAUGGCUCUUCCCCUUUCUUUUAAGGAGUCCUCAUGAAAGGUGCGAGUGACAUAGGACCGCACAUAGGCUUUUUCCUGUGAUUUGAUUUAUUGAGGGGAGACAAAGUAUGAGGAGGUUUUGAAGGGACUUAUCUAAUCAGGCCAAAAAUCAAAUUACCAUUUGAAAAAUUUGAUAAAGUCUACAAGAAAAAAAAAUUCUAAAUUCUCAAACUACUGAUUGUAGGACCAAGCGGUGAAGAGUGCCAUUCAGAUAAAGGGAUUUCUUUUAACCCAAAGGUGUGUCUGCGUACAAGCACACGUGCUUUAAUCACAAAAUUAUAAUGAUUUCUAGAGUCAAACAACCCUUCUGAGAAAGGCACACACUUUAUUUUUGUAUUUCUUUCAUGUCGUAGCUCACUUUGUACUUGAGGGUAUUCAAAGGGCUGGCUGAACAAGACUUCCAACAGCAGUCAAGUGUUCUAAUAGUAGCAUGGCAGCAAAACCAUUUGUAUUUUGAACAAUCACUGUGCUGAGAUGAUGCAGUCGUGGGGCUGGCUUGAUUUUAGUACUGUAGACAGGUCAGCUAUUUUUCAGAGUGAUUGUGGGCUGCCUUUGAGGUGUGAAAUUUUGAUGUGGUCUUUUUUAUUAGCAUUGUAAUUUACAAGGAAGUUUAGUAUUAUUUGAGCUAAUUUUAACAUGUCCCUUACUAUUUACAAUUUUUUAUUUAUGUUUUAUAUAUCAGUGAAAACAAAGCCAUAAUAGUUAAUGCAAACCUUCUAAGGCCUCAGAUUAUUAUUAUACGGGAAAGAUUAAGAAAAUGACUCUGGAUUAAUAGCUUAUUUAUCUAAAUCUCAAGGUUUACAUUUUAACAGUUUUGUUUGUGUUAAAAUUUAAAGCCCAUAUGUGUUCUUUAUAUCUGAGUAGUAAUCACUCACAUAAAACAAAAUCUAAGAUGGUAUUUUAAUUCAUUUUAUCAGGUAAAGUACAUUAAGUAAUGAACAGGGUUUUUCAUAGAAUACUAACUUGGCCAGGCUAGCUCUUCAGUACAAGCACAUUCACCUGUUUUUAUGCAGACAUACACUGAUUUAAACUUCCGAGUAUUGUCUCUGUUUUAGUUGGUACUUUGGAGGGACUCUAUAUUUGAUUGCCUUCAGAGCAUUUGUUACAUUCUUUUAAGUAUACUUAAUUAUGGCAAAUUGUUGUCCUUUGACAAGUUGGUUUGAUUUCUUGAUGCAACCAAGAAUAAUUUAGGCCACAACUAAAUAAGGGGUGGAGGAAUGAGGGACAUGAAUCAAGCAGGAUAAUAUUGUUUUGUUCAAGAGCAGAUCACAUGCCUGUUUUCUUGCCAUGCUAAUAAUGGCAUAAAGCCUGCUCCUAGAAAAUAUUUAUCUUAAAUACUUUCAGCAGUGAAAACAUCCGUGGGAUAAGUAUAAGGCCUCCAAGGAGACUACCCAGGAAGACUGACUCAGUUCAGAAUUUUGGUUUAUAUUCAGCUCUCAAUAAGUUAUUUUUUAGUUAUAUCUCAGUAACCAGUUAUAAUACAUUGAAAAGACAUCAAACUUCCCUUCUGUUCAGUGCCUCUGUCCUCCCUGCCAUUCUUUCUUUUUAGGAUUAGGGCACUAAGGAAUUUGUGCAUUGCAUUGGUUCACCUAACAUGAUAAAGUAGGGACUAAGUCAUUGUAAGGGCUUGGCUUUCUUAUGUGUUCAUUUGCUUUUUAAAGUUGAUGGUUUGAAGACAAUCAAGUAGUAGUAUAUUUGUACCAAAAAUCUGAUGCAAAGAGUUGUCUUGCAAAAAUUAAUAUCUGAAAAUGUCCCUUUACAGUAAAAUAGAUAAUAGCAUCUAAAAUAGAUCAAGCACAAGUGCAGCAAACAACAUUUUUGCAGUCUCUGAAUAAAAUCCUCUUUGCUCACUUCCAAGACUGGAAAUAAAGGCAUCUUAAAAUGAUAAUACUCAUGGGCAAAUAAUUACUGGUUUGGGUUACCAGGUUUUUAGUAGACAUUUUGUUUCUGUUUUUGUUUUAAACAAACUAUGGUCAUUUGUUGUAAUGUACUGUGAAUACAUUUUUGUGUUCUGGCUUAGUUGGGAUAAAAUAACUUUUGAAUUGUUUUAAUAAGUGUGCUAAAACUUACAGAAUCCCACUUAAAUCACAUUUUGAGGUAAUUUUUUUCUCUACUUAUGGAAAAUUGACAGACUACUGGUGAUGCAUUUCUGUUUUCAAAGUGUGUACUCCCCAUAAGAAAGAGUUAAAAUGUGGUAGUUUAACUUUGAACUGCAAAGUUUAAUACUUGGAGUCAGGAGUUUGUAAAGGAGCCUAGAUAAUAAGUAGACAACCUUCAAGGAAAUUUUUUCGGGAAAAUGAAACUAAAAGUAUUUGAUUUUGUCAGUAUUUAAUUUCUGAUUUUUAUUUUUCAGAAAAUUCCCCUGUCCCAGACCACCCUCUUGGUUAAAGCAGUAAUAAUAUUUGUAUCCCAUUUAAAACAAAGAUUUUACUGUUAGAACUCUAUUAAGAUAGACAGAUGGAAAUAUUACAGUGUCCUACUCCAGUUUGAGCUGGGAUGUACUCAGAAGUUAUUACAGUGAUAUAUGCCUGAAAUGAAAAUUAAUCUAAAUUUUAAAGUAAAUAUAUUUCACAGUUUCCUGUGAUAUGAAACUACUUUUUAGUUAUGCUUUUGUGACUUAAAUGUUUGUCCUCUUUGGAAUUUUCUCAUGCAGUAUUAACAUUUAUUAUUGAUUCUUUGGGUUUUGAAGUUGAGCAUAUUUUGCCACAGAUGAAGUAAUAGUAGUCUCAGUGAAAGAUCCAGAUUACCUGGGAAGAUACAAUUAACUGACUCAAAGUUAAUUCUUUUCCUUUGAAGUCAGAAAAAUAGGAUGUUUUCAAUUAAGUUGUUAGAAAAUUUUCAGUGCCCUCUUAAUUUUAAAAUCAUUAAGUAUUGACUGGGUAAGAUAUGCAUGAAUUUAUUUAAAAAUAAGUAUGGCUCCUUUUCAUAUUUGAAAUAGGACUGAAUAUUUAAUGUUGACAGUAUUUUUGUAAAAUUUAUUUUGGUCAUGACCAUUUAUUAAUCUGAGUUAGAUUUCAUUCAGUAGCUUGUUAGAGACCAUAUCAAGAGCUGGAAAGGGUUGCUAAAAUUGAUUUUGUAUAUUUCUGACUUAGUAAUGGGCUUAUAAAUUAAUUUGGGCAUAGUUUAAGACAUAGGAAUCACUUAGAGGAUAUUUUUGAAGGUAUUAUUGUAUUGGGAAAAAAGUUACUUAGAUAAUAGUACUGCAUUGAGUAUAAUAUUAAUGGAGAUCCUGGGCUGUUUUUUUACAUAGCAGAGUUCAGUUCAGGCACACCUUUAAUUCAGAAUAUUGGCAUUCUUAUUUGUAGGUUUCUAUCAUUGUAGAUAUGUAAUUACAGUAAUAAGCAAUUUUCAUAACCAUGCUCAUUCAAACUCUAUAAUUUGAAACUGCCAGUAGCUGUAGCUCUUGUUACCCAAAGUUAAUUCAUUUUGUUUCCAUUUUGACAGUUCUUUUCAGUGUUCAUGAAACAAGAAAAACUAUUUUCCUAUUUGGUAUAAAGAGUGAAAUUUCCAGCUUUACCCCAAAAUGCCAUUAUGGUAUAUUGCUGUAUGAUUAUAUCAUCCAUUUAAUCAUGAAGGGGGAAAGGGUUUGGAUUUUGUUUUCAUUUAAAAGAAAUAUUGAGUAUAAUAAGAAUGUAAUUUCAAUCAAUAACUCAUUAACAACACUAUUGGAAUUGCAUAUCGAUAAAACCUUUUGUGCCUUUUUGUCUGCAGUAAGCAUUCAUUUUCUCUUUUACAUGAGCUGUAAGAAUGUUGAUUAUUGCACCUUGUUAUUCUGUAAGUAGACUUGAAUAAGGGUUUUGUUUUGUUUUGUUGUUUGUUUGUUUUUUUAAAGUAAGGAACAGUUCUUUAUUAAUAGGUGAGAGGAGGAAUUAGAUAUGUCUUUGGAGUCCAGCCUUUUUGCUGUGCAUAGUGAGCAGGAAACUCCUUUGGGAAUUAUUCAUUUGUAUGUGUAUGUGUGUACAUAUAUAUAUAUAAAUAGUUAUUUAAAUACAGAAGGUUAAAAUUCAGCAUCACAUUGGUGUGAUGGCAAGUAGUACGGUGCUAGGUGGUUAUAGUAAAAGCACAGCUGAGUGUAUAAUCAGUCAUUGUGACUGGUGGUUUUUGUAAACUAGGUUCAAUUUUGAACUACCCAGAAUACCUCAUCUGUAAAUACAAUGUUCAUGACUUAAUUGAAAUACAGUUAUUGUAAAAACAAUGUGAAGCCACUGGUUGGCUUAUGCCUUCUGACCUAUUGUUCUUGCCUCCUUUUUUUGUAAAGGGGUUGGUAUUGUUCUUUUGUUUGUUUUUUUAAUAGGGUUUACAGCUAGAAUUUUGAAUGCCAAAGUUCUAUUUAUUAAGUAAAAAAAAGUUUUCAAUGUUAAUGGCUAGUAUUUUUCCACUGGAAAAUAAUUUUGUUUGUUGAUGUUUGAAUUUGUAUUUACAGAGUAAUAAAUUUUUUAUAAAAUGA